AUGAGUGAAAUAAUUGACUAAAGUAUUUUAAAGAAAUAUGAAAUUUUGACUAAAAUUGGGAAAGGAGCAUAUGGAAUAGUUUGGAAAGCUAAAGAUAUUAAGAGUUAAAAGAUAGUAGCCUUAAAAAAAGUUUUUGAUGCUUUCAACAAUCCAACCGACGCAUAAAGAACUUACAGAGAGGUUAGUCUUUUAAAAAAGUUAAAUCAUCCAAACAUUGUAUCAUUAAUUGAUACGUAUCCAGCUGAAAAUUAAAAUGAUCUAUACAUGGCUUUUGAAUACAUAGAAACUGAUCUUCAUGUCGCAAUUCGUGCUAAGCUCUUACAACCUCCUCACAGAAGAUAUAUAACAUAUUAAAUAUUCAAGGCUUUAAAGUACAUCCAUUCAUCAGGCAUGAUACAUAGAGACUUGAAGCCAGCAAACAUUUUAUUAAAUUCUGAAUGUCAGAUAAAAUUGGCUGAUUUUGGUUUGGCAAGAAUGGUCUCUACUUGGGAGGAUGAUAUAUUAACAGAUUAUGUAGCCACACGAUGGUUUAGAGCCCCAGAAAUUUUAUUAGGAUCAAAAUGGUAUUCGAUUGGAGUUGAUAUGUGGGCUAUGGGAUGUAUGAUGAGUGAAAUGAUAAUGGGUAAGGUGUUGUUUUCUGGUGGCUCAACAAUAAAUUAGAUAGAGAAGAUAAUUGAGGUUCUUGGUCCUCCUACUUAAGAAGAUAUCUCAAGUUUUGGAGGAUAAAAAUAGUUAUUUGAGAAAUUCUCCAGAAAUUAUAAAUUCACUUUAAAAUCCAUUUUGAAUUGUGGAAAUGAUGAAUUCGAUUUAAUUUCUAAGUUGUUAGCUUACAAUCCUAAUAAAAGAUUAAAUGCAAUAGAAGCGUUAAAUCAUCCCUAUUUUAGAGAGUAUCAUAAUCCUGAAGAGGAGAUCACAUUUUAAGGAUAAAUUAAAUUAGAGUUAAAAGACGAUAAAUUGUUUCCCAUUCAACUUUAUAGAGAUUUAUUAUAUAAAUAAAACAAAAAUUCUAAUAGAAUGAUGAAUUUAAUAUCUAAAUAAAAAAAAUUACUCUAACUUAUUGAAAGAAAAGAAAUAGAAAGUAUCAAGAAAGCAAAAAGUCAAUAAUAAUUAAUUUAAUAAUCUACCAAGAGCGCAUUUUUACAAAACAAAUCAACAAACAAUUUUGAAAAAAGCGUAAAUAAAACUGUUGCUCUACAAUAAUAAAAUAAUUAUACAAAGUAAUAACCAAAUUUGAAUAAUUUGAAAUAACAGUAAUUGUAGAAUAGGUUGAAAUAGAUUUGCUUAUCUUCACCUGAUAAAAUUGAAACUACUGUCUAAUCAAAAUCUCCUAAACAAUAGAUAUUAAUGCCACAAAGAUAAUUUAUGAAAACCACCCUCAAACCUAUAAUCAUAAACAAUUUAAUUGACACAUCACUCAGCCCUUAAUCAUUAUCCAAACUAUAAGCAAUAAAUUCAAUAACUCAAAUAUAAUUAUGA